UUGUUGGGAACAGAGAUGGCACCCCGAUCGUUGCUCAGCCUCUGGGAAUUCAAAGUUCGUGGAGAACCAAGAAAAAAUUCCAGGCUAUUCAACAAGCUUAUUCUGGUUAAUUUUCUGUCUGACGCAAAUAAGAGGUUCUUGUACGAUGUUGGAGCUUAUGACAGUGAUGAUGACGAAAAUGGCAUGGGAGACUUCUUGAACGAAAUGGCAGUGAUGAUGAGCCAACAAAAUCUGAUGAAAAUGCGGAGGAAAGCUUUGAGGAAUUACAGGAACUGUUUGAAGAGAUGUUCCAAGUGGACAUUGAUUCAUUCGGGUCGUAUGGUCAGCAGACUGCGUCUAGUCCUUCUUCAUCUCCGUUCUCAUCUAUCGGUGAAAGUUCUGGCUCCAACAAGCAGAAAUCUGCGAUAUGAGUUCCAGCGGGAUGAUGCGGGAGAGUAUAUCUAGCUUUGAUGCACAAUUCCACGGCUUCUGUCUGGGGUAAGUUAAAUGCUAGGAACAUU